CUCAAAAACAAGGACUACAUCGUUUACUUACCGCGGAGUCGAUGUAGAUUAUUUCACAGGCGUGUUGUGAACAUAUUCGGGAUAAAACCGGGACGUAAAGCGGAAUAUUUUCAUGAGAAAGCCGCUCGUGGUUUUCCGCCAGGAGACGCCACCCGACAUCCGUGUUUUCAGUGCGCGAACGCAGCAGGAUCGGAGAGGAUGUGCGCCUCGUUUUAGUGCUUUUAUUUCUCCCCGUUCCUUCUCUCCUGAUUUCUCCACACGGUCUGGACUUGACCAUGGUGGACUCGGCUGCCAUGAGAAAGACUUUCGUGGUUCCGGACGUACAGCCACUGGAUCAGUACGACGUUCAGAGAGCAAAGAUCUGCAGCAGUGUGGGCUGGUUACUGGCGAAAUCCUACAGCAGUGCAGAAAAUGUUCCAGUGGAGCUACGAGACCCCUUCUACUGUGACCAGUAUGAGCAGGAGCACCUGAAACCCCCUGUAACACGACUGCUUCAAUCACCUGAGCUCUACACAAGAACCUAUGGACUGCUUCUGAAUGGGGGUUCUGGGACCAAAGGUCCUCCCAAAGACAACACAGCCUUCCUACAGACCCUCAGCCAAAAGGGCCUGACCCCAAAAGACCAGAACUUACCAGUGACUGCAGCUGACCUACUACACAAGCCUAUCAAAAUGAGCGCCCACUUGGCAGUGAUGGACGCAUUAAUGGCAGUGGGAGCCAUGGAGACAGUGAGGACGAGUGGGGUAGCAGAGAGUCUCGGGGGAGAGGACGACUGGGAAAGAACACUUCUUCACUGGGUUCACACGUUAAAUCAGAAGUUAAAGGAAAACACAGAAAAUUACCAGACACAGCAGAACACAGAACCCCAGCCUGUUGAAGCCUCGCUCCGGUACAGGAAGGAUAAGCUGCUCUCGAAGCUCAAGCCCUGUUUUCCUGUGGUCAGUGACGUGAAGGAUCUGGCCAAUGGCUGUGCCAUUGCUGCUGUUAUACACUACUACUGCCCUGGUCUUCUGCGUUUAGAAGAUAUUUGUUUGAAGGAUUCGAUGUCUCUGGCUGACAGUCUUUAUAAUUUACAACUCAUUCGAGAGUUCUGUGAUAGCUGUUUGAAGAACUGCUGCCACCUGGUGUUGGAGGAUAUGACCUACAGCCCACCAGAACUCCAGGUGAACAUACUGAGCUUUUUAGCAGAGCUUCUGCAUUGGUUUGAGGUGUCAAAGCCAGAGUUUGUUCAGCCUCUGAACUCAGAGCCUGCAAGAAGGGGAGAAAAUGGCAACAGCAGAUCCAGCAACAGCUCUCCUUCACUAUUUAAAAAGCCCUUUUUGCCAAUCUCCACUCCUGCAACACCGAUUCCAGGAUCUCUGACUCAGUCUUCCUCAAUGUCUCAUGUAGAGUCCGGUGGACGAUCGUGGACUAAGAACCCUCUCAGCCGUCCCACGUCCUCCGGCAUUUCCUUCAGCAUCCCCUUCGGUCUGGACAGUGAUGUGGACGUAGUGAUGGGCAACCCUGUCAUCACACGCUCAGUCAGCUCGGAUGGCAUAAAACGUGUCCCAUAUGUCACUCCAGAAGAGCCCAUUAGGUCUCCUGUCCCAAAUAGCCCCCAUCGUGCCUCCUGGGGUCCACGUAGCCCCGCAGUGCCCCUUCUGGCUGAAGAGAAUGGCCUUGAAGAGCAAGGGACAGCCGAGUUGCCAACAAUUGAGGAGGCUUUGCAAAUAAUCCACGAUGAGGGCAAAAUGGAGCCUCGGCUGCACCCAGACGGAGCUCCUGAUGGCUUCUAUUUGCACUCGCCGGACGACCUGGCUAAUCGUAGGCACGAUGACAGCCCUGUAAUCCUGGGUGGCUCUGCUCCUUCAAGCUCAGAAAUCCAGGACAGGCCGCACACCGGUGCCCGGCAUGGCAGACGGACGUCAGACGGCUCACGGGACGACGACUCUGUGCUCAGGGACGGGAGUGUUGACUCUGAUGCCUCUGAAGAUCUCCCAAAAACUCAGUCGACUCCUGCUACGCCAGCAGCCGGUGGCCGCGCGGCCAGUCCUUCAGGGCAGGCCACCCCAGACAGCGGAGUGAAGAUGACCAGCUUUGCCGAGCGCAAAAAGAAAGUGGUACCAGAACAGCCUGCACCUAGCGAACCUCCUGACCAGCACAUGACCACUUGGGCAGCUAAAAAGGCACAGGAGAGUCCAAGCAAAAGCCCGGCACUUAAUAAUGAGAUGUCAGAGCUUGGGGCGAGACUGGAGGAGAAGCGUAAGGCCAUCGACGCUCAGAAAAGGCGGAUUGAGGCUAUUUUUGCGAAGCACCGCCAGAGGCUGGGUAAAAGCGCUUUUCUACAGUUGAAAAAGGAGCAAAAUGAGGGAGACGGAGAGGAGGUAGGACCUUCUGAGGAAGUCAGGCGCAUGUCAUUGGACGAAAGACUAGCACGUCUAGAGAACGAUGAAGAGGCUGAGAAGCAACAGACAAAGAGACCAUCAUUAGAGGAUGAUGGGAAUGUCAAAACUGGAGAGCAAAUCCCCAAGGACAAACAAGCAGGAGAGAAAAGCACGGUGCCAUUGGGUGACUACAACAACGCCGUAACGAAGCUUAACGCAGCUCUGAGCUCACUGCAGAGUGACAUGCAGCGGCUAUCCGAGCAGCAGAAAGAUCUCAUGAAGAAAAAGAACACUUCCAAUGAGUCCUGGGUCAUCCCACCCAGCACAAAGACAUCCACCCCAUCAGCACCUCCACGCUUGUCCAGGGAGUCAACCCGGGACAUUUUUCUCAACUCUGCGUCCUCCUCACCCUCACCAUCACGCAGAGUCAGCGCACACGCUACUCCCCCUAAAUCACCUGCCUCCCACCGUCGGGCUCAGUCGGUACCUCCUAAAAGUCCCAAAGCUCAGCACCACUCACGGACAUUAGACUCAAAGGUGCCCCCACUGACCCGAGUCAUCACAGCUCCUCACAACGUGGACAACAUUCCCCAUCGCCGCAGAGUAUCCCCCUGGCAGUACCGUGACCAGAAUUCUGCUACAUUUAGCAUCAACUCGUCUUUCGAAUCGCGAUCAUCCUCACAGCUCUCCAGGCCGGAGGAUGGCAACUCUGAUACGGACACGGUCUUCAGCAUGGACCUGGAUGGAAGCACCAACCAUCAUUCAGCCAGAAAGGAGCAACAAGGAGGCACCAGCUCGGGGGCUCCGUCCGAGUGCUCCUUCGAAAGCGACGCCCCUUCGUCGGCAUACAGCGGCAAACAUAGCAGCCUGAUCGAGAUCCCCCUGUCGUCUCUGAGAAACAUGGAUGGAGAGGAGGCCGAGCACAUCCCUGAUGCCGCCUCUGACUCCAUGAGUGACCAAACCGAGCCGGAGAUGAAAGGUGGAGUUGGCUUCUUCUUCAAGCAGGAUGAGGCUCGACCUGAGGAUGAGAUGGCUCAGAAGAGAGCUGCACUGCUGGAAAAGCAACAAAAGCGAGCUGAGGAGUUAAAGAGAAAAAAGCUAGAGCAGGAGAAAGAGAGGGAGGCAAGCAGACGGGGCUCUGUAGAUGAGCUGAGAAUAGGCGAGGGAUCAGAGCGACCCCAGACACCUUGCACUCCUCCCCCACGCACUCCCCCUCCUCGCACCCCUCCUCCUGAGAGCGUGUCACACCGGCGCGGGGUAUUUACCCGACAAGAGUAUGAACGACGCCAGCAGCUCAAGAUUAUGGAGGACCUGGAUAAGGUGCUGCGGCAGAAACCCACCACCGUCAGAGGGGUCAAGAAACAACGACCAAAAACCAUGUUCCGCGAUGACUCGGGUCUCUCCCGCAGCCCAGCUAGAGGAGCUUCGGGCUCCAGACUAAAUAAAGUUUACUCUCACUCCACCAUGAACCUCUCCUCCAUGGCUAAUGAUAGUGGUACGCUUACCAUCAAGAAAUCUCCAAGCCGCUCUCACUCUCCGGCAAGAUUAAGGUCCCCCAGUCGACACGCAGCACAGAAUGGUGAUAAGGACUGGGAGAACGCUUCCACCCUUUCCUCCCCGGCCUCCAUCCCAGAGUACACUGGUCCCAAACUGUAUAAGGAGCCAAGCUUCAAAUCCAACAAGUUCAUUAUCAACAAUGCCAUCUCACGCUGCUGUUUGGCAGGCAAGGUCAACGAACCCCAGAAAAACAAGAUUAUAGAGGAAAUGGAAAAGAGCAUGGCCAACCAUUUCCUAAUCCUCUUCCGGGAUUCAAGCUGCCAGUUCCGGGCGGUUUACACAAUGAACCCAGAGACAGAGGAGCUGGUACGUCUGACAGGCUUGGGCCCACGUGUUAUCAGCUUAUCUAUGGUUGAGUCCAUCUACAAGUAUAGCUCGGACCGCAAACAGUUCACCGCCAUCCCAUCCAAAACCAUGUCCAUGAGCGUGGAUGCCUUUACUAUCCCCAGCCAACUGUGGCAAACCAAGCGGCCUGGGACACCUAAAAAGCUGGGAACACCCAAAUAAUACAGAGAGAGCUUCUUAUCUGGCCUCCAAUACAGCACCAGAGCCAAACUAGACUCCAUGGAGCGGUAAAAUAGCAAGGCAUUGAUAGAAUAUUUACAGAUUUUAAAAUGCAGGUCACCUCCAUGUGCAUUUGCUCUAAAUGGAAGGAGCAAUUUUUAUGCUGUCACAAAAGGCAAAAUAGUAUGGUGGUUGUCUGACUACUGACACUUUUAUUCCAUCCCUGCCUUCUCCAGUUAAUCAUCUCAGACGUGAUUAGUUUGCGCUGCGGUGCUAAGAAACUCGCUGCUUUAAGGACAUGCCAUUAAAGAAGUGCUAAGUCUCUGUUUUCCUUAUCAGCUUCCAUUUUCUGCCUUUUUAUAUACCUUUAUCCUCUACGCCUUUCCUUGUUUUCCUUCCUGUCUUCCCUUUCCUGUCUAGAAAUCACGACUGCAGUUGUGUCUCGAAACUGGGUCUUAAAACUGAAGUGUAAUCGAAUAUGAUUGUUAAAACCAGACUAUCAUCGCUUUUAAUGAAUGUAAGAACAAACCAGCCAAGGGCUCCUUGUUCAUCACUGCUCAGUGAAUCUUAUGAACUGGACUUCCAUGUGGGAGGAAGGGUGCUUACUGGUACUCAGUCAUGCAACUGUGCCUAAUCUCACUCAGUCCAGUCCUCGAUCAUGCCUACAUUUAAACCUCCAGUAUUUUCAACCUAAGUUCUAUCUACUGCAUCUGUGGAAUAUGUGCAAUUACCAUGGAUAGUUGUUUUGAAUGGAUGGAAUGGAAAACCUGUCUGAAAACUCACUUAUAAUGGAAAUCUGUCAGUACUGGUUUAACAAUAUUACACGCUUACAUGCUUACCAACCAGCUAUUAGAAUAAGAUAGACAUAUAAGAAUGUCUUAUAAGGUUAUAAGUAGCUUGCCCUCCUAUUUUCACAAUACAAUAAAGCAAUACAAACAACCCCAUGGAGUUGGUGCCAGUCCCCAUGUACCUGAGUUUGUACCAGUAGGUGGGUUCUAUAUAUUCUAUAUAUUUUCCUUACCUGUGGACAGGUGUGACACAGUCCAACAAACCACAACGAUCUCCUAGUGCAUGGUGUACAGGGUACCCAGUGUUUCCGGGAUGGACCUGUUGUAGUCACGGAAAACUAAUAAUUUCCUUAGGGGGGUUUAGUUGUUUCAUUAGUUUUAUAUCUUUCAGUACAGGACAAUACAUUAAUACUGCUUAUUGCUAAAAGUGCAGUAGAUAGAAAUCAGGUCUGAAAAUAGUGGAGCUUUUCUUUGUAAGCAGCUGCAGAUGUCUGGAUGUAAACACUACAUUUGACCUAUUUAUCAAAGCGUAUGGCCUGACCACCCCACAGCCUCGGUUUCUAUUUCAGUUCAGUAAGAUUGAAUGAAGAUCGAAGUGACGCCCUGAUUUUGCGUUAUUUGCUCGAUUUGAUACUUAUGAGGUAUUUGAAUUCUGUUUAGCUGUAAAUAGAAGAAAAAUGUAGGAGUGAAAAUAAAAUCUAUGAUCAUGUAAUUAUUAUAAAUUAUAAAUGCUGUUAGAUUUUUCUCUUUUUUGACAGUUUGUAUAUGGUGAAGAGAACAUUUGUAAGAUAUGAACAAGCUGCCAAUCUAGCUUUAACGUUAGCAGCUCUGUGUGUGAGAGAGAGAAACAGAGACAGUGAUAAGAGCUAAAUAAGUCAAUAAAGAUCGAACAUCUGGAGAAACUGGAAGAACGUUCCUUUAUUUAAUGUAUCCCAGAUCUAUUCUAUUAUCAGAAUGUAUUUCCAUACAGUUAAGAGUACAGGUAUGAGCUUUUAUUAAUUUGGGAUGAGUUGGAUGAGCCUGUGCCUCUGAAACUGGCAUAUUAAGAACGAGCUCAAAUCCAUAAAUGUCAGCCUUAUUGAUUUCAGGCCUGGUUUGAGUGGCCUAUUUCUUUUUUUUACCCAGAGGGCUCCUCUGUCUGUACUCCUAAACAUCAUCUAAGCACUAGAACAAUUCAGUCAGACUGGUGUCUCCUGGCUUGAAAAAUUAACUCAUGUUAAUAUGGGCCAUUUGCAGUUCUGAGGUGAAGAUGUGAAUAUCUUUGUAUAGAAAAACAUGUUGAAGGUGUUGAAUAAGUGUGUGUAAUGUAUAAAUGAAUGAAUGAAGAAAGGAAUGUGUGUGUAUACGAGGAUAGUGAUAAUAUUGAGUGCAAUCGUUUGUAGUAUGUUCUGUUGGAAAAGGUUUAUUUAUUGGGUAAGGUCUAGCUGCAAUUAUUUCCUCUGUUAAUAUUUUGUUCAGAUUUUUUAUUUAUAUUUUGGUAUGAAUAGUGGUGAUGUAUGUCUUCAUUUUCGUCACCAUGUCCAUCUUGGUGGAAUCUUUCUUUUCUCCUGGAUCAUUCAUAAUCACAGAUCAGUGUCUCAGUCACCAGAUCUGAUCAAUAAAAUCAUUUUUAAAUCA